CAACAGUAUAAAAGUCAGGUUCAUUUGAACAGGUGGGUCUGAGACUCACACUUGUCUCUGGAGGAGAAAGGAGGUCAUGAGCUUCAGUGUCAGUUUCAAACUACAUUGACAGAAUUAUCUGGUCACACUUCAUUGCUAAGUGACUGAGAAAUUAAUUAAAAAUGGGGAACGUACCAUCAGAGAGUAAUAUGGGCAACCGCCUGAGAUGCAUUGUAUGUGAUAAAGUCUUGCCUCCGUGCCAUUCUUUCAACGAUUUGUACCAAACUACUAUCCAUGGCCAACAUGUUCAUGUCUUCAAUGGAGGCGAAUACUACAGACAAGUCGGUUACAAUAAUCAAUACAAAUGCCAACAUUGUUUUUAUAAGCCAAUCAGAGAUGAGGAACAAAGGAAGAGAGAGGAGGAGAGGAGGAGAGAAGAAGAGAGAAAGAGAGAGGAGCAGAGAAAAGAAGAGGAGAGAAAGAGAGAGCAGCAGAGACAAGAAGAGGAGAGAAAGAGAGAGCAGCAGAGACAAGAAGAGGAGAGAAAGAGAAAGGCUCAAGAGGCUGAAAAAAGGAGACAAGAAGAGCUGAAUCAAAGGCUUGAGGAAUCAAAAAGGCAAGCGGAAGAGCAUGAAGAGAGCACCAUGAAAGAGGAACUUGUGACCAAGCGACGUGUUCUAAUAAGCCAUCUGGAUGAAUUUGAUGCAAAGUACGAAUCUGAUUAUGAUGAUCUUCUGGAAACUCUUUCAUCAAAAUGCAGCAUCCCAGUUUCAGACCUCAGUCUAGUUCAGCUGAGUGCUGACCAGCUGGGCAGCAUCCUGACAGCCCUGGACAAUCUCCUGUUUGAUGAAUGGAUCAGUGCUCCUCCAUCUCUGAGCACUCUGCAGCAUGCCCAGGUGUUAAUCACAGAGCUGUGUGCCCUGUCCCUGGAGAUAUCUGAGGGAGUUUCCCUGAAGGGCAUCUCCAAUCAUGUGCAGUCCCUGGUGAGCCACAUCAGCCAAUCAGCAUGCAAUGUCUCUGAGAGUUUCCUGCUGACUCAAGCCCUGUACCUGAACCUGAUGCACUUCUUCACUGACCCUGGCAGCUGUGAUGCAGCUUUCAUAGCUAAACAAUGGGCUGAGCAGGACCUCACAGCUGAAGAUCUCUUUCUUAUAGAAUUCUUGGGCACACUCACAACAUCACUACAGAGUGCAGUUGGAAGAGCCUCCACGUUCAUUUUGAAGAUGGAGAUCCAGUGCUUGGAGCUUCUCCUAUCCACACUCAAACAUCUAAAUGGCAAGGAGAGACAUGUAGGAUGCAUUGAAAUACUCCUCAGAAUUGUGCAAACAAGCAAAUGGACACCAACUGAGGCAGUGACUCUGCUCAAAGUGCUGUCAGAGAAAUAUAAAGAGGAUGCUCCCAUCACUGAAGUGCUCACAUUAGUACAAGUAUAUGACCUAUCACCAGAGUGGACAGAUGACUCUGGACACUCCGUCACCCAAGCUCUGGAUGUCCUUGGCCCUGAAAGAUUCCUACUGGACUUCUGUAAGACUCUCAGAAAACAAGAUGAGAGCAGUCUAGAUUCAGCUCUAGCAGAAUUAAAAACACUCAAUAACUUAGAUGAGUCUGUUGUCACCAUGAUAAAAAACAUUACCAACGGUGUCCUAAAAUAUUCAGAAAAUGCCCCAAAAGGUGAACCUUUUAUGAGAGAAUCCUUCAAAAGUGGAAACCUGAAUACAAAUGAAAUCCAAAAUUCACUCUGUCAGCUGUGCAAAGCAGUGUCUGACACCAAAGGCUGGUGGCCAACAGUAGUGCAGAUGCUGAGGUGGUGUGUGCUGGUGCUGACAGAGAAGACUGCAACACUUGGAUUGGUUGGUGUGAAGCUGGACCCAUGUGUCACAGCCAUGUUUGCAGCCACAAAAGUCCUCAUGGGUAAGAAAGUGGACAUUGUGUUGAGCUCUAACAUUUACUCACUCAAUCAAACUAAAGAGUGGUCUGACUUCUACAAGCACCUGGGGAUUUCACUCAACACAAACUUGAGGAAAGAUAAUACAUCAUUGAUGGAUGUCUAUGAAGCCGACAUUGUGUAUGGUACAAUGGAUGACUUUGUGUCUGAUUACCUUCAAUGUGGCUUGAAGGGAAUGGAAGCUGGGAGCCCUCUCCUUAGUCGAGGAUUUCUCAUUGAAGACAGAUGCCUCAGUGCUUCCUAUAAUCUGGAACUCUCAGUGCUCAAGGAAAAUGAUGCUUUAGUGUUUGCUGCAGAUACUCUGAAAAGCCUUAUGGGUAUUUUUUACAGUGAGGAGAUGGAACUGAGAGACAGAUUUAUCAAGGCUCUUUUUCUAGUCCUCCAUUCUAACCUUAACAAACGCACAGAUGAAGACAGUAAAGUCAUAGCCAUUUCACAGAAAUGCACUGGAAAAGAUUUGCCUUCCAAUAAGGUCUACAUCCUGUCCAUUCUUGAGAAACUCCUCCAUGAGUUUAGUGGAGAAACGGAAUGUGAGAAACAAGGGGCAUCCCUGGUUGGCAACUUGUGUUUGGAGAUUCUUUUUUCCCAUGCAGGGCAAUUCCAGAUGGUGUCAAAUCUUACAGCACAAAAAAGAUGGCCACCAGAGGAGGUUAUAGCCCUCCUUGUAACAUUAACUGACCACCAUCACGAUAAAGACUGUAUUUCUAUCAUGAAGAUUUUACAUCUGAUAGAAACAUAUCAAGUGUCUUCUAAGUGGACAGAUGGGAAGAAUCAGUCUCUCCUUGAGCUCUUGAGUAUCCUUGAUACUAAGAAAGUGAUGGAGCAUUUGGAUAGAUGCUUUGAAGAAGAGGAAAUAAAAAGCCUUGAUACUCUUUUUGAUGAAAUACGGCAGAUGAAAAACAUUGAUGAAAAAACCCUGGAGAAGUCUUAUACUAUAAUAAAGGGGGUUCAAAACAUGAUUAAAUCGGGUGAAAUCAAAAAACAUACUAAUCUAAAGCAAGCUAAGAAGCUGAGUCAUAGCACAAAGACAGAAGACUUGCAGGAGAUCCUAGCAGUCUUAUGCAAUGCUGUACACGUGUGCAUUGCUGAAGAAAAGUGGUGGCCCAGAGCCACUCAGUUGACAAGCUGGUGCUUCUUGGCCUUGUCUGACACUGGAAAGCUUCUGGAGAUGGGAACUGGAGAGGGCAAGUCAUGUGUCAUAGCAAUGUUUGCAGCGCUGCGUGUACUCCGGGGCGAAAAGGUUGAUGUGGUGUCCAGCUCAUCUGUGUUAUGUCAAAGAGAUGCAGAAGAAUGGAACCACUUCUACAAGUACUUUGACAUCACGGCUGACACAAACACAAACAAGACUAAAGAUGAGGAUAGAAAAAAAUGCUACCAGAAGGACGUGGUCUAUGGAACAAUUGAAACCUUUGCUGCAGAUCACCUUCGCCAGAUAUUUGAGAUGAAGGAUGUGAGAACAGAUCGCAGCUAUCAGUGUAUCAUCAUCGAUGAAGUUGACUCACUGCUGUUGGAUCAGGGAGUGCAGCUGACAUAUCUCUCCAGCCCCAUGGUCUCCAUGCAGCACCUGAAUGUUAUCCUGGCCAUGAUCUGGGGCCAUGCCAGCCAGUAUGGCUUCUUGUCCACAGGACACAUCACAUUCGUACAGGGUCCCCCUUGUUCAUUCUAUAAGAGCAUAUUCGACUCAAUUGACAUGGAUGGAAUUGAUGACCCCAUGGACGUUUUACAUAUUGCUGAAGAGUCAGGGAUUGUGCCUAAGGGAUUUACAGAGGAAAUGUACAAUAGCGAAAAAGACAAACUUUUCAGGAAACUUAAAACUGUGAGUCAGGAUGACGUGAUCGAUUUUUUUCAAAAGAUUGAGCAGUUUGUCCCCUAUGGUUUCACUGUGUACACAUUAGAUGAUAAUGGAUUGCUCUCUCUUAGAAAGUCCACACCGUACAACAACCCAGACAUUCCAGAACUUACAUUUCUUGUUUUGGAUGAUGGCUUGUGUUCUGCUCUCUAUGAUUCUGAGGAAGUUCUCGCCAAUCCCAUCACAGAAUUCAUCUUAGAAAAGAUUCAGUACACUCCAUGCACAAACAAUACAGGGAAAAUCAGCAUCCCUGGAUUUUUGAAAAAUCUGAUCGAGAGUAAAUUGCCAGUUUGGGUUCAGAAUGCCUUUCUGGCAAAGAGACUGAGGCAAGGACGAGAGUAUGUUGUGGAAAAUGACUGUGUCUGUCCCGUUGACUACAGAUCCACGGGUAUUGUGGAACUAAGUAAGAAAUGGGGUGAUGGCCUGCAGCAGUUUGUUGAGAUCAAACAUCAAAUCAAAAUGAGCACGAUUUCAACAGUGACAAACUUUAUCUCUAACCUCUCCUUUUUUGAAAAAUACAAUGGGAAAAUAUAUGGGACCACGGGGACACUAGGGAGUGAAAAAGACAUGCUCUUUUUGCAGGAUCUAUAUCCCAAUCUCUCAGCCUGUAAAAUGCCAACUUUCAACCGGAGGAAGUUAUUUGAGGUCAAGGGCAAUCUGGAGACUUCAGCUGAAGAGUGGAAAUCUAAAAUUACCCAUGUGGUUAUGGAUCAAAUUUGCCCAAAUUCAUUCAGAGAGGGGAGAGCAGCCUUGGUGAUCUGUGAAACUAUUACCAAAGCCAAAGAGCUCUAUGAAACGCUAAAAAGUGUCAUCCCAGGUGAAAUCAUCCUCUACAGUCGGAGUGACAAAGACAGUUUGAGCAAAAUAGAUAAGAAACUGGAUCCUGGGGAUGUCAUUGUUGCCACAAACCUGGCUGGACGUGGCACCAACAUCAAAGUGUCUAAAAAGGUGAACAAAAAUGGAGGAUUAUUUGUGGUCCUCUCCUUCCUCUCUGAGAACACAAGAGUGGAACUUCAGGCAUUUGGCCGAACUGCACGCAAGGGUAAACCUGGAUCUGCACAGAUAAUCAUGACCACUGAUCAUGUACAGGAGUCCCUCAAGACAGUGUCUUCUCUGGAGGAGGCAAAGGAAACAAGGAAUAGACUUGCAGCAGAAAGGAUAAAUUACAUGAUGGCUGAUGUUACUGAGAUGAAACUGCGGGAGGACCUUUUCGCAGAGUACUGCAAGACCCUCCACGGAAUUUACAGGAACACCGAUGGAGAUGAGCAAAGAGUUGUUGUUGCCAUCAUGAAUGAGUUCUGGGGGAUUUGGUUGCAAACUAAAUCAGAGGAAAUUGACAACUUAAAAAGAAAUGAAUUGGAAAAGAGCUUGAAAGCUGAUUUGUCCGUGGCACAAAGUCAGUCUCAAAGUCAGACUUCACCAUGCUCCAGCAUUUACCACUAUAUCAAGUUUGGGAAUCUCGCACUGGGCGAAAAAAAAUGGGAUGUCAGCAUGAAGCUAUUUGAAAAAGCAAUGGGACAAGAUGAAAGUUGGGCAGCCAUAGCUUUUUACAAUCAUGCAUACUGUUCUAUAAAACAGCAGAAGGGAGAUUACCUGACUACGGCCAGCAAUGAUCUCAAGAAAGCACAGGAGUCGCUGAAGUACCUCAGUGAGGAAUGCUUGGUCUGCCUGCAGUUUGUAAAAAUAGCCUCUGCUCAAUUAAAAAGAAGUGAACAACCAACCAGCCUUGAGAAACAGUUAACAACCAAGUGCAACUUGUUCAGCUACUUUGAUAAAAACAUUUGUGAGGCUAUCGAGAAGCUGAAGGAAAUAAAAGACAAAGGAAGGGAUGCAACAACCAAGAAAUUACCCAUGUUCUCCCUGGUGUCAAGCACAGAUGAAGAUCUCCAAACCGAGGCCUACAAUCUGUACAGUAAAGGUCUGGAAUAUGUGUUUUCCGUGGAAGAGCAGCCUCGGUUCCCAUGGGAAGCUCUGCUGGUGUUCUGUCUCGGCAUUCUGCAGAUCGUUGGAGGGGCACUGCUCACUGCCUUUACGUGUGGAGCAUUAGCUCAAGUCGGCAUUGGGCUGAUCGUUGAAGGAGUAUCAGACUGCAUCACUGGCAUUGAGUCCAUGAUUACAGGAGAAUUUAGUUGGCAAUCAUGGGCUAUAGAAAAAGCAAUAUCUAUUGGUAUUUCUCUCAUUGGGUUUGGGGUUGGAAAGCUGGUCACAAAGGGCUUCAAAGCUGCUAAAAUGUUGGUCAAGGCAGUAGGAAAAAAACUUAAGGCAUUACCAAAGUUUUUCUCAAAACAGGUUAAAGAAGGCCUGAGUGUUGUGACAAAGACAAACAUGAAGAAUGCAGUGAAACAAACAGCAAAGAAAAUGGCAGAAGAAAUCAUUAGCUAUGCAUUUGGGAAGGCAGAAGAUGCUGUAUUGCAAGAAAUAUUGAAAGGCAUUAAGAAUCAGUUGACAAAGGAUAUUGCAAAUGAUGUAAAAACCAAAAUGGAAAAGGAUCCUUUGGCUGGAUUGGUAGACUCCAUUUUGCUCUCUCACCUUGAGGAUAAAAAACAAAUGUCUGAUCUCCUGCAGGAUAAGAACAGAAAGAGCAAACUUCUGGGUAUUUUCAAGCAGAUAAGCAAAACAGCCUUAGAGCCAUUCUACGCUGACCUCGAAUGGCAGAACAAGCUGAACUCACAAAUCGCCACAGUGAUUGACAGUGCAGCAUCAGAGGCCAAAGGCAAAACACUUGCAGUUCUGAGAGUAAUUCAAGGCAUUCACAUGGCCUCACUGGCAGCAGAAGCCACUAGUGCAGUGCUGAGCCUUUCAAGCCAGUUUUUCUCCAACCUUCACAAAGAGCUGAAUACAUUUAAAGAGAAUAACAAUUUGAUAGAGAAAGUGAAACGAAAUGAUCUGUCUGCUUCAGAAAUGAAGAUCCUGAAAGACUUCAAGCAGGAUUUAGUCAACGAAACCAGUGCUUUAUUAGCAGAUGCUUUGGUAGAAGUGUUCCACCAAAAGUUCUCCAGUCACUUUGUUUCCAGUGCCGUAGGCCAAGUGAAUAAUGUCAUAGGUGAUUAUGUAAGAACUGGCUUGAAGAGUGAAAAAACAGAGGACAAACUCAGGGCUGGACAAAACAACAGAUACAUCUCACACAUGUCAGUAGACAUGAAUUCAAAACGUAAACAGGACAGCGAGUCUGGUAAACGCUCAGAGUCUCAUGCUGAAAAGAUCAAGGACUCCUCGACAGCCACUUCUAUUCUUGAUAUCAGAGUCCUAUCAGAAACCACUGGCACUAAGGUUGUCAUCCUAACACAAGACAGCCAUGGCAAGCUUACCAAAAUGCAGGAGCUGAGCCCGAGCACCAAAUCUGCCAGUCAAACGGUGACACUGAUUUACACACCAAAGAGUUCACAACACCCAGACGGCCAUUAUGAUGUGUCCAUCAAUAAUAAGACUGUGAAAGUAACCACCAAAGAAAAGAGCAGCCUGUUUCAUGCUUUGGCACAAGGCAUGAAACCAAAGGCCACCAAAGAAGAGAUUGCCUUGGAAGCAGGCCGCCUCCGAUCUUUGGAGGCCGACAUUCUAGUGAAACACUCUGAUCAAUGGGAGCCUUUCCUCAAGUACAAAGAGAGGACGGAUGAAAUCAGAGGAGGAGACUGGUAUAUGGCAAAGGAAGCUGGACUAAAAGAGACAGUAAAAGAAAACAAAAAGGUGAUCAAGGAUGGAAAAGUGAAAAAGUACAACGACUGGGUAAAAAAUGUAAACAGCAAGCCAAGCACUGGACAGUUCAUCAAAGCAGCUCACCAACCACCAGCGAGUAGUAUAUCGCAAGCUGGAAAAUUGAAUCAGAAUAGCAAAUUAGCAAAAGCCAUGCUUGAAGUGGUAACAAAGUCAACUGCUGAUGUGAAAAAUUACAAAGGCCUUGGACUUCCAACUAUUUAUGUGCCAACAGAAAUACAACGUGAGUUUCCCAGUACAACAACAAAACAAUUCAGGAAAUUAUUGGCUCGCACAAUCAGCCAGGAUAAUGUUGUGAGUGCCCUAAAACUGACCAUUCUAGGUGCAAUGCCCAGAUUCAAGUUCAAUAGUGCCAAGAACUACAGAGACUUUCGGAACAACCGAGUGAGUAAAACCAGGCUUGCCAUUUUCGAAAAAAACUUUGAGCAACAUUCUAAAGAUUUGGUGAACAAAUGGUUCAACCAUCUUCAAGACAAGGGUGUCAUGACAAAGGCUGAUCUUGACACCCUUACCGCAUGGAUCAACAACAAGGUCUACGAGAAUCCAACUGACCCACACAGGAAGCAAGUCUCCAACCUCCUCUAAUGCAAAGAGGGAUGUUGACACCUGACAAUAUGGCUGGCAAAGUAGUCAGGAAAACUACAGAGGUCUACAUACCUGUCAUGACGUUCGUGUAGACACCUGUCGGUAUUCAUUUUAAGGAUGUUUUUUGGGGGUUUGGAAAAUGUAUGCUGUUUGGGAUUUAAAGAUAUAUCUUAUCAUACAUUGGAAUUUAGUAUUCAAAUGAAAAUAUAAGAGUUGCAACUUGCUACAUAACCCAAAGAUUACAGCAAGCAAAUCUUAUCCUAUGUAUUUCACAUGUGUUUUAGAAAGCCUGUUUUAAAGUAAGUCUGAAAAAGUAAAUUCCAUGGUAAAAUAUUUUGUCUGCCAGUGGUUAUUCAGAUCGCUUCAACAAUCAUACAUGCCAUCAAGAAAUCUAGAUGUGUAAUCAGAGAAAUCCUAAAUGCUGUUCUGCGAUGGGAUAAGUGUAUUUCAGGUUGUGUUUAUUGUUGCUUAUGUCACAUUUAAAAUGUUUUUUUCUAGCCUUUUAACUUUGAUUGUAUUAACUUUCAAAUUGAAACACAAGAGAUGCUCUGUUGCUUUCUGUAGUAACCACAUGAUUGAUACAAGCUGUUGUUAAACUAAAGAGCAUUCAUCUAUUCCAAUGUGAUCCUCAACUAAAAAGGAAUUUUCCUCUUUAUUUUACUUCAUUUCAUUUGAAUGUGUUAAUUUAGGGGUUUUGGUGAAGGUGUGGUGUGGGUGUUGAACUGUAAGUAUCUAUGUUCAGAUAUAUGGUAUAUAUACACUGUCUGACAUUUAUCAUACCUCGAUAUAAUCUUUAGCUGUUUUACACAGUGAAGAAUUUGUUGAUAUUCAUUAUGGUUAUGGAAACUUAAUAACAAAGUGUGUGAAAUUGUAAUACUAGAAGACUGCGGUAUCGGUCAUGACUCCAUAAACUGUGAUCUACUGGAGUGACUAGAUUUACUCUCUACAAUGUCACUUAAACUCAUUUCUGAACUUCCUGUGCAAGUAUAUUUGAGAUUUAUAGGGUACUGCAUACCCGACAUUCUAAUCCCAACCCUUAAUCUGCACUGUCUAUUCCUUUAUAGAGUGUUCAGUCGUACAUUCUUUGGCUUGUCAGGGCUGUGUGAAAAUCUAAAAAUAAAUCAAAUUAUCAACAACAUAA